GAGCCUUGCUCAUGGACGGGGAGGCAGGGGGUGGACUGAUUUCGGCAAGCGAAACUGCAGGGCAGUUUGUGUGAUAAUGGUCACGACAAACGAAAUUUAAGAAAAGAUUUUUAAAACCAUGAAUAUUCGUGGAUUCUUUCAAGAUUUUAAUCCAAGUAAAUUCCUCAUCUACGCCUGCCUGUUGCUGUUCUCUUUGCUGUUGUCGCUGCGGCUGGAUGGCGUCAUUCAGUGGAGCUACUGGGCAGUGUUCACCCCUGUCUGGCUCUGGAAGCUCAUGGUUAUUAUUGGAGCUUCUGUGGGCACAGGGGUGUGGGCACACAACCCACAGUACAGGGCCGAGGGGGAGACGUGCGUGGAGUUCAAGGCCAUGCUGAUCGCCGUGGGCAUCCACCUGCUGCUGCUGAUGUUCGAGGUGCUGGUGUGCGACCGCAUCGAGAGGGGCAUGUACGUCUGGCUGCUGGUCUUCAUGCCCCUCUUCUUCGUCUCGCCCGUCUCCGUGGCCGCGUGCGUCUGGGGCUUCCGGCACGACCGCUCCCUGGAGCUGGAGAUUCUCUGCUCUGUCAACAUCCUGCAGUUCAUUUUCAUCGCCCUGCGGCUGGACAACAUCAUAAACUGGCCCUGGCUGGUGGUGUGUGUGCCGCUCUGGAUUCUCAUGUCAUUCCUCUGUCUGGUGGUGCUGUACUACAUCGUCUGGUCCGUGCUGUUCCUGCGCUCCAUGGAAGUCAUCGCCGAGCAACGCCGAACGCACAUCACCAUGGCGAUCAGCUGGAUGACGAUCGUGGUGCCCCUGCUCACCUUUGAGAUCCUUCUGGUCCAUAAGCUCGAUGGGCACAACAACUUCAGCUACGUGCCCGUCUUUGUCCCGCUGUGGGUGUCCCUGCUGACACUCAUGGGCACUACCUUCGGCCAGAAAGGAUGCAAUCACUGGUGGUUUGGCAUACGGAAGGAUUUCUGCCACUUCCUGCUGGAGCUCUUCCCUUUCCUGCGGGAAUACGGCAACAUCUCCUACGACCUGCACCACGAGGACUCGGACGUGUCCGAGGAGAUUCCCGCGCCGGAGCCGCCCAAGAUCGCGCCCAUGUUCCGCAAGCAGACUGGCGUGGUGAUCACGCAGAGCCCCGGCAAAUACUUUGUGCCGCCCCCCAAGCUGUGCAUCGACAUGCCGGACUAGGGCUCCGCCCGUCUGGACCAAGUACUCUGAACUAGGGGAGGAGCGUGCGGUCUGCCCAUGUGACCUCGCCCACGCGUUCUUCGCACUGACACACACAGAGACACGGCGGCUUUUGCUACACCACCCCCGAACACCCCCCCCCCCCCCUGCUCUGACCGUGGCGCUGGAUCUGAAAUGACUUUUAUUAAAACUUGAUCUAGCAGUGUCGUCAUUGGAUGACUCAAGCCCGCCUUCUCGCUGUCCCGCUCACACUAUUUAUUUGUACUUUUUUUUUUUUAAGGUUCAGCUGUUUUGUCUUUGCUUUUGGAGUCACUGUGGAGUAGUGUGGAGAUGCUGCCAACUGACGGGGGGGUUAACUUUUGGGACGAGGGGGCAGAGGUGGGAGGGCUGUACUGUGCAUGUGUGUGAAUGUUUGUGUGUGUAUGAGUGAGAGUGUGUGAGUGAGAGUGUGUGUUUGUGUGUGUGUGUGUGUGUGCGUGCAACUGUGAGUGUGUGUGUGUGUACAUUUGUGGUUGUCUUUUUGCCUGGUAGUGAUUGCAGAAACUGCACAGAAGGUGUCAGCUUUUCCGGCCAUGACACCGUUUGAGGUGGCUCCAUUUCCUAACUGAAAAGCUUUAUUCCACAGACCAAUGUUCCUUUCUGGCAGUAUUUAUGGGAGGGUUGUAAUGACAAAGGGCUGUGAGUUUGGUGCUGAGGUUUAAAUCAUUGAGUAUUUGUGGCUUUAUGCUGCACGUCUGGCCUUGUGGGCAGUGAAGCCUGGGGGUGAAGUCGCUGGGAUACUCACUUUCUUCAGAGCGCAUCUCACAAGUUCAUAUUCUGCAUCAUCUUUACUUGCUGCCAUUAUCUUGCUUGUGAGGUUGGUUAUAUUGUAUUUCCUGAAGAUUGUGUUUACCCCUACCCCGAACUCCUCCAUCCUUUUUGAAUUCACAAAAUAUUAUCAUGCCAGUCAAUAUUAAUGUUUGCCAUUUGACUCAUUUGGCUGUUAUAGAACACCCCUCUGUUCAUGAACACUAUGGAAGCACAAUCUGCAUUUUACCCUAAAACUGUUGGCACAUGUGAGCACCUUAAACAUGCUGUGUGUUGUCUUUUUGCUCCUUGUCAUUUUCCCACAACUCUCAGCAUUAUUAUCCCCUUUCUUCUUUUCAGAGUAUCUGUAUUUGUUUUAUGGUAUUCUGAAGCCCCGUGUGUUGCCAGGGUAAUAUGGGGCGGGGCUAAGUUGGGUAAAAUGAAUUUUAUACUUGAUUUGCUCGUACAUUGACAUUUUCUGAGGUCUGGGGUUUAUUUGAAUUCACGAUGUUAAAAAAAAGACCCAAAUAGGCCCGUGUUCCCAUUUUAACAUUCUUCGAGCUGUCCUCUGAACGCGCACUCAGCUGGGCUGAGAAAACACGCGUGGCACGCGUGCGCGAAAACGAUCUCUUUGGGUUGGACCAAUUUUUACUGCGGUGUUUCCAGAUCUAGCAGACUUUGUUCCCUUUUAUUUACUAUGUACAGUCAAAGUAGAUUAUGUACAGUAUAUGUCUGUUAUGACAUUGAAAUAUAAAUGUAUAUUAUAAAUAUUAAGUUUUAGUAUGUUUCUGUUUCUGAAACCUUAUAACAAUAAAAGUAUCAAAAAUG